CGGGCCCGUCACAUGAUCGGGGAGCGCUCGGGAAGGACGGCGGGGAACGGGACCGGGAGCGCCGGGAGCACCGGGACCGGGACGGGCCAUGGCGGUCGAGGGGGGGAUGAAAUGCGUGAAGUUCCUGGUUUUCUUCUUCAACUUCAUCUUCUGGGUGUGCGGCGUGGCCCUGAUCGCCAUCGGCAUCUACGUCCAGGUGGCCCUGGGUAAGGCCCUGGUGGUCAGCGGUGGCUCCUCGGCCGGGACCCCGGUGGCCAUCCUGGUCCUGGGCGUCAUCAUCUUCUUCAUCUCCUUCUUCGGUUGCUGCGGCGCCUGGAAGGAGAGUUACUGCAUGGUCACCACGUUCGCCGUCCUGCUCAGCAUCAUCUUCCUGGUGGAAAUCGCCGCCGCCAUCGCCGGAUACGUCUUCAAGGACAAGGUGAGGUCGGUGCUGAAGGAGGGGCUGCAGGAGGCCAUGAACAAGUACGAGGAGGACCCGACAUUGACCGAAGCGCUGGACGAGCUCCAGAGGAAAUUCAAGUGCUGCGGGGCCAACAACUACACGGACUGGGCCAACAUCAAGCAGUUCCAGGCCAACGACACCGUGCCCAGGUCGUGCUGCCGCAUCAACACCACCACCUGCAACGUCCACCCCAGCCCUGAGACCGUCUAUGAGGAGGGCUGCCAGGAGAGCAUCGAAGCGUGGAUGAAGAAGAACAUCCUGAUCGUGGCCGCGGUGGCUCUGGGCAUCGCCUUCUUCGAGAUCCUGGGCAUCAUCUUUGCCUGCUGCCUCAUGAGGGGCAUCCGCAGCGGCUACGAGGUCAUGUAGCCACCCCGACACCCCCAAGGGGGCUCUGGGGUCCUGGGGGGUCCCCCUCGGCUCUGCUGGGGCAGGGUCCAUGUGCCAACCCCCCCCCGGGGGUCCCUCAGGGCCAGGAGGUGUCCCCAGGUGUGGAAAUAAAGAGAAAAAGCUUCUGUAG